AUGACCCAAAUGAUUUCCUCUGUCCUGGUAUGAAUAAAGCAGAGAGGAGAUAGGACAAAAAUCUUUAAGACCUAAUUUGUCAAAUACUUCCCUUGAGAUCAAUAUAAUUUUACAAUGGUAUUGUUGUGUAAUUAGUCUCUGAACAGUGCUAAACCCCAACCCUAAUAGAUUUUCUUCUUAACCUUCUCUCUUUAUAGACAGAUGAAGUGAAGUCGUAUCGCCAUUUUGUGGUAAGUUUCACAUUUUUCUGUUCUUUCUUUUGCAGAAAUAGGAUAACACAUUCAUCACCACAAUUAAAUAGCCUGGAAAUGCGCAAACACCCUAGCCUAAAAUUGGCACCAUUGUCUGCAAGUCUAUGACAGAAUAAUUCUGAGGUCUAUUCUUUUGACAAACACACUGCUUGUGUCCUCUCUUGUGGAUGAACAAUGCGCUUCUGAACAGACAGGCUCUAUCUGACCUGUGGUGCAUCAGAAAAUAGAGCUCAUUGUUGUUGGGCAGUGUAGUAUGAUGUCUGAGAUGAGCUGAGGUCUCGGGCUGCGUGUGUGUUCACCGGCACAGUCUCUGGCUCUGAAAGGGCUCGGUGCUCUGUGGUGGCUACAAAAGAGAGCUGUGUAGUGGGAUUGGUAUGGCGAGAUAAGAUCGGGGCCUCUGAGGAAGUCUGGUCUGAUUGCUACAAAGGGCUGAGGUCAGGGGCAGGAGGAGCAGUUUACUCAUCUAGGUAUCAGAGGAUCAGAGAGGUUUGGUGGGGAGCUGCGUGUGUAAUAGGUAUAAAAGGAUCAGUGUAAUGUGAUGGUAUAAAAUGAUAAAAUCAGAGGAGGGGUUGGAAGGCGGUGUACUGUAAUGGCCCCAAAAUCGAGGGGAUUAGAGAUUUUGUAAUGUGUGUAGGUGGCUCAUGUGGUUGUGUGCAUCUUUGAUGGCUGUGAGAGCAAGAGUAAAGAAAUUGAAGGGAUGCAGGGAGAAAGACGAGUGCUUUGCAGGCUACGUGUAAACGGGGCAGUGGUACACACAGUGCCGUUAACCAGCUGUGAAGCCUGCUCACAGUGGGGGAUAAAUUUACAAAGGAUGUCUCCCUCUGAUAUCCAGGAGAUGCUGCACUGAUCCCUGCUCCACUGCUCUCGGCACACUAUUGUAGUGCUAAGCACCGUUCCACUAAUGGCACUUAUAUACCUUAAUGCCGGGAAAACAUUUACAUUCUGCUUGCAGCAGAGGGAAAGUGGCUGUGUGGAAAAAAAAAGAAACAGUUUUCAUCGACAGCAUCUUUAAUCGAUGAAUCUAAGAUUUGUGAGGAUGUGCAAUUUCCUUUACUCAUCACGCAGUUUGAGGAAAUUACAAGUCCUCCCAUGUCUCUCACAUUAGUCCCUCCUUACUAUAUCCAGUGAUAUUACUCACUGUACAGAGAGCAUUUUGUUACACCAGACUGUCAGCAUUACUGUCAUAAUGUUUCUUUUUUUCCCCGUUUCUAAAGUCAGUGACUUCACUCCUCUGCACCACAGAAUUGCUCCUCAGUCUUCAGGGAGUCUGGGAUCUCUGCUCUAAAAUUCACAGUUUAAACAUGAGGCAAGCCAUAACCAGGAAAUGCCUGUAGUAUUAGCAAGGUAUCGGAUUCAUGCAUCCCCCCCUGAACAGCAUGACUGCCCCUGAAAAUCCCACAUCCAUAUUUUACAUCACGGCAGACAAGGCACAUGUGUUUCAGCCCAGCUUUCAAAGCUGUUUCUUCCAUUUAUUUUAUUAUCCUUUAAUGAAUUUAAUUAGAGGACAUGUAAUUAAAUGCAAUUGUGCUCACCCCUCUAAACAUACACACCAACGCGCGUGCACGCAUGAACAUAUUUGGCCGUGAAUUGCUCAAAACAACAUGUGUGAUGUGAACAAAUAUACAGGAUUAAUAGGGGAUUGAUAAUAUUUUGGGAUUGUAUUUCACUCUAAAUGGCUGCACGCGGAAACAAAGGCUGCAGCCCAGGCUCAUUAAUCAUAGUCAACGGGCUGCCUGGGUGCAAUUUGCAUGUCCGAGGUGGCUGCACAUGCUGCCGUUCGAACUGGGUUGCUGGAUCUGGCUCGAUUUGGCUGGGCUGUUAACGCUGCGUCAAUCAAGGAUAACCCAAUAAGAGUAUGACAGAGGAAGAGGGGGAAAAAAUCUCCUCAUUACCAGACAAUCCUUCCCCUCCCUCCUUUAUUCCCCUGUCUGCGCAACUUCUUAUUUCAGUUAAGACUAAUUACACACAUAGGCCUGUUUAAAAAUGAGUCUUUUCUGGUACAUUUAUCACUGAUGCUGUAAUAUUUUUCAAAAGAAAUACAAUUUUUUUUAAUUGUAAAUAUAUUAAAUUCUAAAACAAUAAUCCUUUUUGGGUUUAUUAAUGUCAUCCUAAUCUAGUUGUAUUUGAUUUUAAUGAUACAUCAAAAAUCAGUCUAGUCUUUCAGACUCUGAGACAAUUUAGGAAGAUUUUCACUUUAAUCUACAAAGAAAACUUUUUCUAGUCGCCCUGUAUUUUUGUCAGUCUCAGUUCAGAGCCUCACUUAGCCAUUUUAACUACAGAUAAUUGGGUUGAGGCGUGAUGCAGCGAAGUUCAAAUGUAGCACAAUUUCACAAAGCUGUAAUCUCACCACCGUCUCUAUACACUGAAUUCUAAUUAUCUCAUCAUGAACUUUAAAAAAAAAAAAAAAGGCUGUGUUUUUAAUGGCUUUUUAACUCCAUAAGAGGCGUUUGUGCGUGAGGGGCGUGUGUGGCUUUUUGUGUAUCUGACACACACACUCAUGCAGACACAGACUCCCACAAACGCCACACACAGACAUGUGAAUGCGCCUUGUGUCUGGUCUGGCCUCUCUACCUAGCUGUGCUGCCGAGGCUCAUGCUGCGCCUCCCCCCCCACCCCAUCCCUAAUAUCCUGGAGGCAUUUUUCUCAUUAUCAAAUAUUGUUUGAUGUCUUUGUUUCUUGAUGAUUAACCAUGGUCACCAAACACUGGUCUGGAUUGUUUAAAAUUUAAUUUUGGGGCUCUGAAGUACCUGCAGAGGGGCUGACUGGUGGGGACACGCGUAUUUUAUGUAUGCUAUUUUUCACGCUGAAAUGCAAGAGGACACACACUGAAAAACACAAUAAAUCCUGGAGGAGAAUCAUUAGUGGAAUACUAGUGCUUUUUAUGACCAUUGUUAUUCAACGCUGUAUUGAGAUGCUGUAAAUUAUUCUGUUUAUUAUAGCUUUAUGGAUUCAGUCCCAUUUUCAGAAUAAUUAUGUUGUUUCUUAUUCAGCGUAGAUAAACCUCAUCUCUGUAUUUCUAUGUGUUUAAAUAGAAAUAUACUGCCGGAAAUAUGCACUUUAAAUAUUUAUUUUUCAUUUCUUGUAAUUUAUGUUGCAUCUUUUUUAAUAUUUUUUUUAUUUCUCUGACCGUGUGUAUAUUUUUGUGGUAAUUUCAAGAUCAUAAAGACAAACCUCUUGCCUAAGGAAUCCAAGAUUUAUGACUGAAUCGACAUUGUAAGCAAACAAAUAGGGAAACAACACUCUCCCCUAAUGUCAGCAUGUCAAAACUAUAUUGAAUACUUGAAAUAUCUGUGUAUCUGAGGCUGAAUAGCAGCCAUUGUAUUGGUCUAAUGAUAUUAUCCUCUGAAAUUUGGAGAGAAAGAAAAAUGGCAGAAAUGAGCGGCACCAUUGUCUGCCCCGUUUUUAUUUAAACAAAUUGCACGAGCAGAGAGAGACAGAGUGAGGGGAAGAACGCAAGAGAGAGAAGGGGAGAGAGAGGGAGAGAGAGAGAGAGAAAGUGCUCUGUAAAUGAAAGGUUAUGCGUCGUCCCAUGUGUUUGUAUUGUCAAUAACUGGAGAAGGCUGUCAAGAAAGUGGGGAGAUAAAGGUCAAUAACUCAGGCAAAUGUGUUUGUAUUUGUACACUCCUGCUGAUAGCACAGCAAACGUCAGGGCCCGUGUGUGUCUGACACCCCACAACAAUAACACAAACAGUGGGGCUAUGGCGCUGGAAUAGUCAUUAUUAUUGUUGGUGCUGAAAAUGAGAGGGAACCUCAGCACAUGGCUGUGACAGGCGGCAAAGUGUCACUCAAACGUCACUCUGUAAUGAAACACGCCGGAGAUCAGAAAAGGCGAUGAGAAAGUGUAAACACAAAGAGAUUAUGCUGCUGGAUGAUUUGGAUAUUUGCCUUAUUUUACACGUCUCUGAAUAAAUAUGAUCAUUUCAUGAUGCUUUGAAAGCACUUAAGAGAAAUGUAAAUACCACCCAUAUAAUUUAGAGUUUUUGUGAAAUAAAGUUUUUAAACAUAAAUUUGAUUAUCCUUGCUUUUCACGCAGAUCUGCUAACCUGGCAUGCAUAUUUUUAACCACAUUUUCAGAGCAAAGUAAAAAGAUGUAAUUGUAAACCUAACCCUAUCUCUCCAAAUUAAAUUAAGUAUUUACAUUUGUUGUUGAAAAAAGGAAAUAAAUAAAAUGCACCGACUAAUUUUCUCACACAAGUUUAAGCUGUAAUCUAAAAGCGUAAUUUAUUUUUCAUGAUUCCUAUACUGUUCGUGUUCAAGUGUUAUUUUAUUCUGCAGCCAUUUAGUGUAUCUCUCUGUGGCCUGGAGUGUAAUAAAGUGCAAUUAACAGACUUAACUAAUUCAUGAGGAACAUUGUGAAACUAACGAAGGGCAUAACUACUGUACAGACGCUGCUGUCAUUGCUGGAUAUUGUUAUUGUUCUGUUUUUAAUUGCUGUAAGAGCAGGAGGAGGAGGUGGAGGAAAGGAGGAGGAGGAGGAGGAGGAGGCAUGUUUUGAAUAUACGUCCUCGGUUACCAUGGCAAAAAUUAAAAAAAACUAACACUGGCUCCCUCUUGACACUUCUAUCUAACGUCAGAGGUACGAGGAAGUGUUAACUCCUCUGGUUUAACCAGUUACCAAACAAAUGACCCAUUUUAACGUACAGCACAAAGAAAACAUAUAGAAGAAGUGAUGCCUGAAGCAAGAGCGGAAAAUCUUCUGCCCAGUCAUGUUGAUGUGUGGUCAAAGCAAAGUUACCUGUAUUUUUGUGCCUCAUUAACACAUAUACUACCUUCCUUGAAAAACGGGCAUUUCUGUUACUUUGCAGUCAGCAUGAAAUAGUGUGCUCUUGUCCUUAAGAAAAUGCUGUAGAUCAUUUCAAAUAAAUAACAAAUAAUCAGCUUUUGCAUAAAGUAAACCCAAGAAGUCUGUUUUCUAUUGAAUCAUCAGCACACAAGCUUUUAAAAAUUUGCAAACGUUGUCCUAUUGUUAUAAGCAGAAAAAGCAAAAUGCAUUCUCAGUGUAAGUACAUAAAGUCCAUAGGGGAACUCUCUCCCUCUUUUCAGUUUGUUUGUUGGUUGUGCUGCUUCGCACUGGUUUACAUUACAUAUGAUUAUGGAAAUGCGGAGCUGUUCCUGUGCAUUAUGGGCCAUCGCAUUGUCAAGAUCCUUUCUAAAGCAGUCAAGUAGCUAUUUCUGAAUUCUUUUAUUAUCUGAGAGUGCAACAAAGAAAGUCUUUUGUUCACUGUUUUGCUGCACACACACUCAAUUGCAUUCACAAACACACACACACACAGUCCCAUACACACAUAUACGCACGCACUGCUCAGGCUGCUGUCCAUGACUUACUACUGUCCCCUAGUGGUGCUCGCCUUUACAGUCUCCCACCACUUUCUAUUUCCAUCAACUUUCCCCUCUCCCACUCACCUGACUCCCCCAUCUUUGCCCCCCUGUCUUUGCCCCCGACCCCCCUCUGUGUGCCCUCCUCUCUGUCUUAUCAUGCUCAAAUAUUUAAAGGCCCGAUUUGUCGUAUUGUAUGACAGAGAGCUCCAAUUAUGUAUUGCUGUGUCCACAGUGGUUUUGCCUUCAAUGGAGGGCUCAAACAGUGUCAACAAAAACAGGAACCCUGAUGUUUUGUGUCUAUUGUGAGGCCAAAGCUCGUGUCAAUAAGGUAUUGUUGGGUUGGAGUGCCACACCGAAACUGCAGUAAGAAUGUUAUCAGACCUGUGGAAAUAGGGUGUGUUUGUAGUAGUGUUAAAAUGAAAGUUUGAUUGUUUGAAUAAGCAGACAAAAAAUGCACUCAGGGAACAGAUUUGGAGCACUUCUCCGCACUUUCCUUUUAUGCGGUUUUAUGAAACAAAAACUUUUUUUUGAAUCUUGGACUUUUUGAAAGUUAUUCUAUAAUUACACCUCAAUUACUCAUCUUUUAAGUUUUAUUUUAAGCAAAGUCAAAAGAUGAGUCUUUCAUCCUGACCAUCACUAAGCUAACCCUCUCCCCCCUUAGCUAAUAGUAUGCACUUUUAUACUUUAGCGUUCUCCCGCUCUGAUCACUGUUAUUCAGCCCUAAUUGCUGUGAUAACAUGGAACAGUGCUAAUAAACAAAAGGGUAAAAGGGUCAGUCUCCCUCCUGGCAGUUGCACGGACACACACGGUCAAGUCACUCAUGUCAAAUGACCAAUUAUACAGGUUAUAGAAGAUGGCACCUCUGUCUCCAGUGCCCUGUCCCUCCUGGGAUCCCUCCACAACAAGAGGGCUAUCACUCAAACCCAAACCACAUUCAUUCAUUAGCCUGUUAAGACAGGCAUCAAUUAUUCAGUACGAAGGUGGCCAGUGGAUUAUAUCUGUCAGCACUGGGCUUAUUGUAUCAAAGGUUGAUUAUGGCCUUGUUGAUUUAAGGUACACUUUGUCUGAGUGGUAUAAUCCAACUCUCCUGCAGGAGCACAAGUAUAGAUUUAAAGUUUUGGUUCUCCAUCUUUCUGGGUUUUGUUUUAUUUUAAUAUCACAAACUUUUGCAUUUACUUCUUUAAGCGAAUUGAUCUUAUUUCCAGCAUUAUUCUGUCAUCACUCAGCGAGAGUCAACCAACUUCAUCCUGACUUAUCGCACAAUAUGGUGUCUCCCUCUUGAUUUAUGAGUAAAUCAUGCUCACCAUCUUGCCUUUAUUAUCCCUGUCUGUCUCUAACAAUCUUGUGCUCACCCUUUUCUCUUUUUUUCCAUGGCAUCAUCUUGAAAAAUUCACACUCACCUCACUCUGUAAAAUCGUUUUAUUAGAAUGUUAAGAAGUCCUGUGGGAAUUUUUCUUUUGGAGAAACUCUCUGAGAGAGGAACUAGUAAAAUGGAGUUGCCUAACUGCCUUGGCUGAGACUACAAGUGUAGAUACACAUACAUACAGUCCGUUGUUUCCCACGUGUGUAACUUCCCACUACAGCUGACCCAAAAUCAGUCGGUACCUUUUUUCUUUGACUUCUUUCACCAAAAUCACAAAAAAAUAUUUAUUAUUGUAUAAAUCUUUAAGGUAACCUCCUUAUUAUGUUAUCCAAGUGUCUUUAUUUUGCCAUCAUGUGUAAACAAAAGUAGAUCUUACGACUCCAAAGUUUGGUUGAAUUGAAUGCAUGGUGCUGCAAAAACAAAACAAAACUCUUACAACAAUAAAUUAAACAUUUCUCUAAUUUACGGAGGGAUAUUUUUUUUUGAGAGAACUACAUUUUAUGUGAGUGAAUGACUUUAUUUUUCCUUUUUAAUUUUAAAACUUUAAAACUUUUUUUAAACAGAAAGAAAAGUUUUUCUUGUAUUGCAAAAUCAUCAGAAUCAGGUUUAUGACCGAGAAGAUUGACUCACAAGAAGAGAUGGUCCAAAAACAAUAAACACAGAAAUGCUAAAUAUAUAUUUGACUGAAAAAGCACUAUAUUGUCAAUGAACUUUAAUCUGAAAAGAUAAAAAGUAUAUUUAAAAAUAUCAAACUGCUUAACAAAAGGUACAAAAUAUGAACAGAGAGAUUGUGCUUAUUGUAAUGAGAAAAAUGUAAAUAAUCACUGUGUUUAUAUCUUUUUCGGACACUUUUGGAUCACUUGACUUUUUUCCUGUAGUGUCCACACAAAACUCACAAUCCUGCAGUUGGGACACCUAGCUGCCCACAAGCAGUGAAAACUCUCUGUGGUCAGACUUCUCGAUCACUUCUCUUGGUGUAACCCCCCUCCCCCUCCAGCCUUUCCUCCUUUCACCAACCGCACAAGUGUUAAAACAAUAUCCAGGUGUCAUGUUGUCGCCCGAUGUCGCCACUUCAUAGGUUAGAAAAAUUCACUGACAAGGAAAAAAAAAACUGGGGUGUGUCGCUGUUUUCAGAGUCGCAGUGGAGGAUAAACAUUGCGACGCGGUGACAGAGCGCAGACCUUGGACUUUGAGCCACAGCAGACACUUUCACAUGAUGCAAUGACAGCUCAGUUAGAUGGUGGGAAAAUUAAUCCUCGCUCAGUUUAAAGAAACUAUUCAUAACUGCUUUUUGUGAGAAAAUAUUAACUAUUUUUCAAACGGAUGAAAGAGGCCAUCUGGUUAAAUUCACAGAGGCUAUACCUUAUUCCUGCACCUCCUUUAGUGCUCUCAGUGGGUUUGCUUAAUUUUCUGUCUCCCCUUUUUUUCCCUUCAGGUUUGUGCAGCACUUGCAGACAGAGACUCUCUCAAGAAUGUGUCUAAUUUAGUAGCUAAGAGGCAGAUUUAUACCUGUGCUAGUUAUGUAGAAGGUUGCUCCCUGGAGAAGCCCAAUGACUGUUUACGGGCGGCCCGACAAUGCCUUAGCAGAUGAUGAAGCACCUGCCAGACUUCCCCCAUGUCUGCUCCAUCCCUUUCUGUCUGUCUGCUCGCUCUCUUUAUUCCUCCUCUCCUCCUCUGCUUCACUCCUUCCUGUCUCCUGUCCUUUCUCUGGCUUUGUUUCUCUUCCCAGCCGAACUACAUCUCCCUCAGUUUCCAUGGAGUUGUGCGUUUUUUUUUACAACUGUUCCCGCUGCUCUCCCCAGAGUGAACCCAUCUCCUUACUCAAUCUACCUCUGAGAAUAAGUGGGUUUCGUUCCCCUUCGCACACAAAUGCUGGAUGGACAGCAAUACAUUCACACACAAACACACGCGCGCACACUAGCCAGCAAAACUGUGGUCAGGUUUUGUUUAUUACAGGGAAAGGCAAUAUCGAGAUUGUUUCAGAGUAGUGUCAUCACAUGAAAUGUAUCGCUGUCAGGAGUGUGUUUUAUAUGUCGGGGCCCUCGGCUGAAGCCAUUUUGGGAAACAGAAAUAUCAUAUCGAAUGACCUCCUCUGGUAUAAAAGUAAACUAUCAGCUGUAAAUCCGAUACACAACUACAGCAGUGUGUGUGUGUGUGUGUGUGUGUGUGUGUGUGUGUGAGCAGGAAAAGAUGUGAGUCCUUUAUAGCACGGAGCUCACUCAUAUAAUAAAGGUCAACUCUUUCUCGCUGUAAAAUCCUACUUUAGAUGUAAGAAGUUCAUUUCUGUUAAAGAGUGAUCCAGUUUUUCAGAAAGAAACAGAUGGUUUCUGAUUCGGAUGUCUGUUUUGUACCUUCAUUUUCAACUUCAAGAUCUCUUUCACUAAACUAACAAUUGAAAUGAAGGCGUUUGUGCACUUUACUUUGUCAACGAUUAACUUUCUAAAAUCCCAAGUAAUUGCUGACUUUAGUUGGUUUUGAAAAAUUGUAAUUGUACAUUCAAAUUCCUACUAAUUUGCACUUUUUAAAUCCACAUAAACAAUGUUAAAGUAAUUGAGGUGCAAAGGUGAAUCAGUUAAAUUACAGUAGAAGAUUGCUGUAGGUCUUUUUUUUUCUUAUUUAGUUUCAUAAGCACACUCCAAAAUAGCGCUGCCGUUCUUUUUCAUGUGGUUGCCCGCUGACAUGAGUCUGAUUAGCCACACCUCUGUACUUAAGUGGUAGCUGGUAGCUCAAACUCAAAGUACUUUAGUGAUAUUUUCAUUCUGUUUGAUACAAAGUGCAUAACUUGUCAACUGAGCCAGCUGGGACUUUUUAAUGGGAAAUGUGCCAUUCAAGAGUGCAGUAGUGCCAUUAUUCUCUAUCACAGUGGCAGCAGGAAGCGAGAAACACUGUGGAGGCUUAAGUACAGCAUGCCAAAAGGCACUAAAUUAAAUAAAAGGCAUUAAUUUUAGACUUUAAUUGCAUCGGGAUCAAGUCGUCAAUGCUGUCAGCUCUAUUUAAAACAAAAGAAAAGUUAAGUAAGUCUUUAAACACAUCAUUUACGUCUCUCCUGUUGUCGUUUUUUAACAGUUCACUCUUUUAAACCCCCCUCAAACACCUACACAUUUCAUGACUUGAAACAAAAGUUCAACUGAUUAAAAAAAAAAAAAGUUAACUUAAGUAGAGAAAGCAAAAAUGUGGAAGAAAAUUCAAUAAUUAAAGUGAAAAAAUUACAAAUUUAAUGAGAAUCUGAAACAUUCAGUAACAUUUUAAUUCAGUCCCUAAUAUUUUGGCUUUCCCUUAGAGAAUCCAAACAAGCUAUUUUGCCUGCAGAAUGCACAACUUAGUAUUUAUUAUCUGUCCUAAUGCCAUUUCACUGUUAAAUUAUUAUUGACCACACCACUCGGUCUCAGUGCUGUAAUUCUGCUGCUCCUUACCUCGAAAUAUCCAGGCUGCAUUAUACUCAAUGGGCCGUAUCUCAUUAAUGUAUGUGGUAUGAUUCUGCACCUGUAAUUAAGUGUCACUUUAUAAACACACAAACACUAAUAACACCCUGAGCUUUUCUGGGAGAGCCCAGUGGUGGCAAUAGCCCAUCCAUCAAUGUCCCUAAUGAGCCUCCGUACAGACAAGCCAGUGGAGGCUUCCUGGGCCUAUCAGUCCUAUUUUUAAUGCUCACUAUGAUAACCACCGAAAUCCCUGCAAACAUGAUAUCAGCCAAAAAAGUGAAGGUAAAGUGUGUUAUUGUUGUGCAUUUUUGCAGCGAGUGUAUCUGUAUGUGUGUGUGUGUACCAGGGGUCCUGAAAAGAGUUCUCAUUAACCUCACUGUCAUUUUAGUGUUGUAGAUGUUAAUCAAAACCAACACCAUUAAGUGUGAGGUGCUUAACAUGGCGUCUACUCUUAAUGUCGCCAUUAAUAAUUUGAUGCAAGGAGAGGCCAACACAAGGAGCUAAUGAGGUGUCACAGGUCAUUUAGACCAAUCAGAAGCCACCACAGGAUGUUAGCCAAACAAAGGCCUAGGCUCUGCUGCAGUUCGAAACGGCACAGCAUGUAAAAGAGAAAGUAGCGAUCGUGUUUAUUUAUGUUCUUAGCAAACCCAACCCUGAAGUUCUGCUGCAGCUUAUGAGUGAUAAUCCUCUUCCUGUUUGUUUGAAUUCAGCGUCUCACCAUGUCUCUUUUUCUCUCCCUCUCCCUCUCUUUUAGGCUGCAGAGGCAAACAGCACAGAAUGUGGUCGACAUGUUUGGAUAACAUACGGAUCUACAGUUUCAGGAGCUGAGGCCCUCGCGCUGCAGGGACGGAUUUCACGCUCCGUAUCGUCAUCAGGACAGGACUUAGACAAGGUUUGGACGAGGAAUUAG